AGUGAUCCAGAAGCCACUGACCAUGGGUUUCUCUGUAGUUAGUCUCACCAGAAACCUGGAUGGUGUCUCUGGGUUCUUCCAAGUGGUCUUCCUGCUCAGCCUAUUUCUUGUGCUGUUCAAGGCAAUCCAGUUCUACUUUCGAAGGCAGUGGCUGGUUAAGGCCCUCCAGAAGUUCCCAUCCACACCCUUCCACUGGCUUUUGGGGCACAACCUGAAGGACCAGGAACUCCAGCAGAUUCGUAAAUGGGUAGAGAAAUUUCCAAGUGCCUGCCCAUAUUGGCUCUCAGGGAACAGAGUACGAGUCCUGCUCUAUGAUCCUGACUAUGUGAAGUUGAUUCUAGGACGAUCAGAUCCGAAGGCUCACAGAAUUUACCACUUGCUUGCUCCUUGGAUUGGUUUUGGUUUACUCCUGCUGAAUGGGAAGAAGUGGUUCCAGCACCGGCGGAUGUUGACCCCAGCCUUCCACUAUGACAUCCUCAAACCCUACGUCAGAGUCAUGGCAGACUCUGUCAAUAUAAUGCUAGACAAAUGGGAGAAGGUUGGUGGCCAGGACUACCCUUUGGAGAUUUUUGAAUACAUCUCUUUGAUGACACUGGACACUGUUAUGAAGUGUGCGUUCAGCCACCAGGGCAGCGUCCAGUUGGAAGAAAAUUCCAGGUCCUAUGUGAAGGCUGUUGAUGACCUGAACACCCUGAUUUUCUACCAAUUGAGGAGUGCCUUUUUUGAUUUCAGCACAAUCUUCAAUAUGUCCUCUGAUGGCCGUUUGUUCCACCGCGCCUGCCAGAUUGCUCAUGAGCACACAGAUGGGGUGAUCAAGAUGAGGAAGGCUCAGCUGCAGAAUGAAGAAGAGCUGCAGAAGGUCAAGAAUAAGAGGCACUUGGAUUUCUUGGACAGCCUCUUGUUUGCCAAAAUGGAGGCUGGGGACAGCUUAUCUGAUGAGGACCUGCGUGCCGAGGUGGACACAUUCAUGUUUGAGGGCCAUGACACCACAGCCAGUGGAAUCGCCUGGAUUUUCUAUGCCCUGGCCACCCACCCAGAGCACCAACAGAGAUGCAGAGAGGAGGUGCAGAGCAUUCUGGGUGAUGAGACCUCUAUCACCUGGGAGCACCUGGACAAGAUGCCCUAUACCACCAUGUGCAUUAAGGAGGCCCUGAGGAUCUACCCACCAGUACCAUCUGUGAGUCGAGAGCUCAGCACGCCUGUUACCUUUCCCGAUGGACGCUCCUUGCCCAAAGGUAUUACAGUCACAGUUUCCAUUUAUGCCCUUCACCAUAACCCAAGUGUGUGGCCGAACCCAACGGUGUUUGACCCCUAUCGAUUUGCACCAGAUUCUUCUCGGCACAGCCAUGCUUUCCUGCCCUUCUCAGGAGGAGCAAGAAACUGCAUUGGAAAACAGUUUGCCAUGAACGAGCUGAAGGUGGCUGUGGCUCUGACCCUGCUUCGCUUUGAGCUGUUGCCAGAUCCCACCAGGAUCCCAGUCCCCAUUGCAAGACUUGUGUUGAAGUCCAAGAAUGGGAUCUACCUGCGUCUCAAGAAGCUGAAAUAAUACUGGUGGAGAAAAGGACAGCUUUGGAGGCCUGCUGUCUGCAAUACUAUUUGACACCCGCUUUCGUCCCUGGCUUAUCUAUAUUUGUUUUGCUCUCUCUCUGACGCUAUCCCUCUGUUUUCUGUAAUGUCUCCUGCCAUCUUCCUGUCCUUAUUUCUGUAGCUUUCAUCCAGAAUGUUUCCCAGCUUGGGCAUGUACCUGUUUCUCACCUGGUUGUAUCUCCGACUGACCAUAUAACCCCUGAAACCGGUCCUCCAGGCUAGUCGCCCUUUAAAACCAUCAGCUUGAUAGAAGAAGAGAUAUUUUAAAGGGAGACACUCCAUUCAGUUAUCAGACUCUUGAGGCAAUGGGCAUCAUUAAUUAAAAUGUCAGUAGGAAUCACAUACUGGAAGAAAAUUAAUAAAAAUCUACCCACCCCGACA